AUGGAGCCAUUUCGGGUGCGCCUCAACUGUAUCGAUCAUUACCAAGCGACCGCGUCGGACUUAGAUCCCCCGCUGCCUGUUCGGGAUGGCGCAUCGGGAAAAGAGCUCAGACCGAAAGUGCCUGUGAUUCGGAUAUUUGGAGCCACUGAGACCGGCCAAAGGGUAUGCGUCCAUGUCCAUGGCGCAUUUCCAUACCUCUAUAUCGAAUACAAUGGGUCGUUGGCAACGGAUGAAGUGAAUUCUGCUAUUCGAAUGCUUCAUCUGUCUAUUGACCACGCUCUGGCUGUUAGCUUCCGCCAGAAUGCAUAUGACAGGAAGAUAGCCUAUGUGGCGCAUAUCACCUUGGUGAAAGGUGUCCCAUUUUACGGAUACCACGUUGGAUGGCGUUUCUUCUUCAAGGUCUAUCUUUUGAAUCCUUUCCAUACCACCCGCUUGGUCGAUCUCUUGCACCAAGGAGCGGUGAUGAAACGCCCCCUUCAGCCGUAUGAGGCGCAUGUGCAAUACAUCCCGCAAUGGAUGUGCGACUACAACCUGUACGGAUGUGCAAUCAUGAGUUGCAGCAAGGUCCAAUUCAGAGCACCUGUUCCUGAGUAUCUUGAACUGAGUAAUCUUAACCACCGCUGGCACGACCGCUCAGUCUCGGCCCAGGAUAUACUCGACCAUCCUGCUUUACAGAAACAAAGCCACUGCCCUCUAGAAGUUGAUGUCUGUGUGCAGGAUAUCUUGAACCGUGGUGAUAUCAAAGAGCGGCCCUUGCAUCAUGAUUUCACGGAGCUUUUGCAACCGGUUGCGGUGAAUGAGCGGCUGGUCCCGAGCAUGGCUGGACUGUGGCAGGACGAGACUCGGAGGCGCAAAAAGAGAAUGGGAAUUAAAGACCCGGGAAGCACUCCGUUUGGGCCGGAAGAGUUGGUCUCAAUGUCAGCCGACCCGAGAAAUCAGUCAAGAGGUGGCUGGGUACAUGAGGAAGAAUUCCGUGAGAUGGAAAACCAACUAGCUGCCAACGAGAGACAGGAUGACAGCGGCAAAGAUCCGACGUACGAAUCCGUUCUACACCCCAAGGACCUGGCGGAAAAUGUGAAGACCGCGUUGGAUAGCGUCGAAGACUUUUUCCCCAACAAGAAUGGUACCUCGUCCUUCGAUGAUGCAUAUUUCCAGGAACCAGCCCAGAAAAACAUACCAGAGAUUUCAGUCGACGAGGGUUUAGCAUUGUCUUCCCAGGCCGACUGGCAGCAUGGCUCUGAAUCCGACCAAGAGGACAGGCCUUUGGAUGAAGAAACAGACCCAGAGGAAGGACCCAAAGAAGAUCCGCUGACCGAAAGCUUCUAUGAUGGAGUCUUUGAUGACCUGCCAAUUUCAGAUGUAGCAGUUGUUGCAGAGCCUUCAGCAAAUUCAGAAGACGCAAGCAGAGAUCAGCGCCAAAGCAAAAGCAAUGCCCCCAAGCGACCGUUCUUUGAAAUACCAGAAGACGAUCGUCCGCCCGGGAAAAGACCAAGGAGCCUGACAGAUGACAACCCAUCGAACGGACAUUCCAAAUUGCAAAAGCCUCAACAAGACAACAAACAAAAGAGUGUCUCAUUUGAGAGCAAUCUCGAUUCCCAUGCUGGCACUCCAUCAUCAACGCCAAAGUCUUCUUCGUCGCAGCGGACGAUCCGUCCGAAGGCACACAGUUAUACCAGUGGGCUGAAAUUUCCAGUGGUCAAAGACCCAAAUGACUCGUUGACCAUCUUGCGGUACAGCCAAGAUAAUACAAACGGUCCCAAAAAAGGCACAGAAUCAUAUCAGCCUCCCCCGAGCUCUCUCCCCUCUGCAUCGACCACGGAUGGCUCAGGGAAGGCUAGUGUACCUGGGAGCUCAUCGGAGCUACAUUCUUCUGCAACGGUAACCGGAGCGACCUCAUUUGAUCCACGUCUUGCCGAGACCUUGAAACUCGCCCACCAAUCAUUCAACUUUGCGCCAAACGCAUCCCUCCGUUGCUUUGGAUUACCUGGCCCAUCUUUCGAUGAGAUAGUUUCGACAAUUGGCGAUUAUGGACGUCCUUCGGUAGUAUACCAAAAGGCAUAUUACAGCGACGAGACAGACGUACCUGAAAGGCCGCGAGAAUAUGGCGGAAGAGAAUUUCGAUUGGAAAGCAACACUAUUCACUAUUUACCUGAAUUCGAUCCAACAGCAGACUCGCCUGCAAUGUUUGGUGAGCAGGCGCCGAUAACUCUUGAUCAAAAUCGGCUGGAAAAGGCCGAUCAACAGCUCAGAGAAACCUGCACAGCUAGGGUCUGGGAGUUUGCCCCUGUCCCACCGAGUCGUUCAGAGGUCAUACAAUGGUUUGAUGACAUGGAAGCCUCACGAAAAUCGACGGAAAAGGAGUCAAUCCAGCCCCGACCCGCUGAAGUGAAGCCCGAUAUGUGUUCUCAGAUCGAAGGACCUACACAGAAGAACACACAAGGCUUCAAAUACUCGCAGAAGGGAAAAUCUACAAGUGUGGAACACCAAGCCCAGCACAUGAGCACAAUGAGCCUGGAAGUCCACGUGAACACACGUGGCACUCUCUUCCCCAAUCCCGAAGAAGAUGAGAUUACUUGUAUGUUUUGGUGCAUCCAGUCUGAAGACGAAGAAGUGGAAGUCAACAGCCAUCUUCCGGGCGUUCAUGUUGGCAUGAUUUAUCAGGGUGAAGGCGAGAGACCCGAAGCCAAAAUAACCAAAGCUCUAAAACUCGAUGUUGAGCAUGAGCCCACAGAGUUGGAUCUCAUCAACCGCCUUGUCGACUUGGUUCGGUAUCAUGAUCCAGACGUGAUCACGGGUUACGAGGUCCACAAUGCUUCUUGGGGAUAUGUCAUUGAACGCGCUCGCAGAAAGUACGACUUCGACAUUUGCGAAGAGCUUUCCAGGACCAAGUCUCAAUCCCACGGAAGAUUUGGGAAAGAGGCAGAUAAAUGGGGAUUUGACCAUUCAUCCUCUGUUCGCAUCACUGGUCGACACAUGUUCAACAUAUGGCGCGCCAUGAAAGGCGAACUCAAUUUACUGCAAUACACCAUAGAAAAUGUUGUAUUCCAUGUCCUCCAUCGUCGGAUCCCGCACUAUUCACCCCAAGUCUUGACCCAAUGGUAUCAGAGUGGCAAGCCUCGCAACAUGCUCAAAGUCGUGGACUACUUCUCGUCCCGUGUGCAGCUCAAUCUCGAGAUUCUCGAAGCCAAUGAGCUAACUCCGAGAACCAGCGAGCAAGCGAGAUUGCUUGGCAUCGAUUUCGCUUCUGUGAUAUCGCGAGGGUCUCAAUUCAAAGUCGAAUCGCUGAUGUUCCGAAUUGCAAAGCCUGAGAAUUACCUCCUCGUAUCACCAAGCAGGAAGCAAGUGGGACAACAGAACGCACUGGAGUGCUUACCUUUGGUCAUGGAACCGCAAAGUGACUUUUAUACUAGCCCUCUUCUGGUGUUGGACUUCCAAUCACUGUACCCAAGUGUUAUGAUUGCGUACAACUACUGCUACUCUACAUUCCUGGGUCGAGCAAUGCACUGGCGUGGUCGAGACAAGAUGGGAUUCAUGGACUACAAGCGGCAACCCAGAAUCCUUGAGUUGCUGAAAGGCAAAGUCAACAUCGCACCAAAUGGCAUGAUGUAUGCGAAACAGGAAGCGCGUCAAUCCCUGCUAGCUAAAAUGCUCACGGAGAUUCUCGAGACUCGUGUGAUGGUUAAGAACGGCAUGAAAGCUGAUAAGGACGACAAAGUACUACAGCGCCUUCUCAACAAUCGACAAUUGGCUCUCAAGCUAAUUGCAAACGUUACAUAUGGCUAUGCAUCCGCCUCAUUCUCCGGUCGAAUGCCGUGCUCGGAGAUUGCCGACAGCAUCGUUCAGACUGGGCGUGAAACCCUCGAGAAAGCCAUCGCAUUCAUCCACUCCGUCGAGAGAUGGGGCGCCGAAGUAGUCUACGGUGAUACAGACAGUCUGUUUGUUUACCUCAAAGGGCGAACUCGCGACCAAGCAUUCGACAUUGGCGAAGAAAUUGCCAAAGCGGUUACCGACAUGAACCCCCGGCCAAUUAAGCUCAAAUUCGAAAAAGUCUAUCACCCCUGUGUCCUCCUAGCGAAGAAACGCUACGUCGGUUUCAAAUACGAGCACCGCGAUCAGAAAGAGCCAGAGUUCGACGCAAAGGGAAUCGAGACCGUGCGACGAGACGGUACACCCGCCGAGCAAAAAAUUGAGGAGAAAGCCCUAAAAACCCUCUUCCGCACCGCCGACCUCUCACAGGUGAAGUCUUACUUCCAGCGCCAAUGUGCCAAGAUCAUGCAAGGCCGCGUCUCCAUCCAAGACUUCUGUUUCGCGCGAGAAGUCCGCCUGGGCACAUACUCAGACCGCGGACAGCUCCCCGCCGGCGCGAUGAUCAGCACGAAGCGCAUGCUGGAAGAUCCCCGGUCCGAGCCACAGACCGGUGAACGCGUGCCAUACGUCGUUAUCACAGGUGCACCGGGGUCAAGGCUGAUUGACCGCUGCGUUGCGCCACAGACUCUCUUACGUGAUGCCCAACUCGAGCUCGACGCUGAGUACUACAUUACGAAGAAUUUGAUCCCGCCACUGGAGCGGAUCUUCAAUCUCGUCGGUGCGAAUGUUCGUCAGUGGUACGAUGAGAUGCCGAAAGUGCAGCGCAUCCGGCGGGUGGAUGCUUCGGCACGGGUUGCUGGGUCUGUGGCUGGAGCGACGAGAAAGACACUCGAAUCGUACAUGCGUUCUUCGUCUUGUGUGGUUUGCCGUACAAAACUGAGUGAUACUACUGUUCCUGUAUGUGGGGAGUGCUUGCAGCAACCUCAUAUUGCGCUGCUGGAUGUUGUCUCGAGGUUGCAGCGCGCUGAGAAGCGGGUUGUGGAUUUGGAGGCUAUUUGUCGGUCUUGCAUGGGUGUCACAGCUGGUGAUGAGGUCAGCUGUGACAGUAUGGAUUGCUCAAUCUUUUAUUCGCGCACGAGAGAUGCCACUCAUUGGAGGCAUUUGCAAGCCACGCUGGACCCAGUGGUUGAGUUGUUGGAGCGCAAGGGCGACGAGGGUUUGGAUUGGUGA